CAGCACUUGAACGCAGCAUGUUUUUAGGCUCCCUCUGCUGCUGAAGCUGCAAAGAAACAGGAGAAACAGCUGUGUCAUCUGUGACACAUCUGCAGCUCUGAACACUCGGCUGUGGUUUGGUUCAGUACUUCCUCUGCAUAUGGUUCAGGACCUCAGGAGGAGGAGGAAGAAGAAGAAGCAGGUGUUCUGCCGCUGCUGCUGCUGCUGCUGCUCUUGACGGCAUUUAACUAAUUUGUCUCAAAGGCGGUGCCGCCGUUGUUUGUUGUCACUUCCGGCGUGGUGAAUUAGCGGAUCCUAUCACCACUGGAGAAGAAGGAGAAGAAGAAGAAGAGGAGGAGGAGGAAGGAAGGUGAAGUUGUUCAGCGUUGAUGCUGCGAGCAGGAAGGAUGGAGGAGUUUGUGACGGAGGAUGAGGAGCCGUGGUACGACCAGCGCGACCUGGAGCAAGAUCUUCACUUGGCAGCAGAGCUCGGCAAAACGCUCCUGGAACGCAACAAGGAGCUGGAGGAUUCCCUUCAACAGAUGUACAUUAACAAUGAGGACCAAGUGCAAGAGAUAGAGUAUCUGUCCAAGCAGCUGGAGAUGUUGAGGGAGAUGAACGAGCAGCACGCAAAGGUGUAUGAACAGCUGGAUGUGACGGCCAGAGAGCUUGAGAUCACCAAUGAGAAGCUGGGGCUGGAGAGCAAGGCCUCGCAGCAGAAAAUAGACAGGUUAACAGGCACCAUGGAGACUCUGCAGUGUCAGGUGGAUUGUCUGACAACUCGGGUGGAGGAGCUGCAAACUCUGGAGGAGCUGAGGGUUCACAGGGAGAAGAAGGAGCGGCGCAAGACUGUCCAUUCUUUCCCCUGCCUCAAAGAGCUCUGCACUGCACCAAGAUACGAAGACGGUUUCUUGUUGGCCAACCCAGGCAGUGUUGACCUGGCUGAGAGGCGGCCAUUGGACGAAGAGAACGAGCACCUGCGGGACGUUGCCUUCUCCCUGCGCUCGGCCAUGGCCACAGAGCGGUCCAAGAGGGAGAGUGCAGAGAGGGAGUGCACUGCCGUGCUGCAGGAGUUCGAGCGCCUGGAGCAACGUCUCUUAGGAGCAGAGGGCUGCCAGCUGCGGGUUCAGGAACUUGAGGCAGAGCUCCAUGAGAUGCAGCAGCUGAGGAAGUCCAGGAUGUGUCUGAUGGAAGACAUGGAGGACAGCCUUGAGACACUGCUCAACAAUGGCCCUGAGACAGACACCCCAGAGGUUUGCACUGUGCCGGACGAGGGAGGUGAUGGAGGAGCUGGAGAGGCAGGAGGCACAGGGCAGCAGGGCGGCCCGGUGAGGAAAAGCUGCAGCGACACAGCGCUGAACGCCAUCUCAUCUCGAGAUGCUUCAGGCAGACGUCAGGGCAGUUAUGCCAUGCAUGCCAACGGCGUGCGCAAACGAGGCAUGUCCAUCCUCAGCGAGGUGGACGAGCAGUACCACGCCCUGCUCGAAAAGUACGAGGAGCUGCUGGGGAAAUGCCGGCGCCACGAGGAAAGCCUGUGCCACACGGGGGUGCAGACAUCGAGGCCCGUCUCCAGAGACCCGUCCAUGAAGGAGUACAGCAUGGUCUCUGCGGGGCCUUCGACAUCUGUCGCCACGCCUCCCACACCCCCCCAAACUCCCUCCACCCCGGAGGCCCUGGAGGGGAUCAGCAGGCAGGUGGAGCAGGUGGACAAAAGGCUGAGCCAGAACACGCCAGAAUACAAGGCGCUGUUCAAGGAGAUCUUCUCCCGCCUGCAGAAGACCAAGAGUGACAUGAACUCCACCAAGAGCAGAAAGACUCACAAAUGAGCUGGAGUUCCUUAUCAUGAACACUCGCACUACAUGCUCUAAAUACAGUAAUUACAUUUGACUGGCAUUAAUUUAUCUUUCUUUUUUGUUGAACAUUUGCCUGCUCAUGACCUUUAAGGGUUGAACCUUUUACGUCAUGCACUUAGAUGAUUGAUAAUAAUAAUAAUAAUAAUAAUAAUAAUGAUGACUAUUAAGGGGAUAUCUCCAAUUCUAUUUAUGGAAAAUAUUAAAGCUAAACAAUUGUUAGGAAGGAAGGAAAAACAUUUUUAUUUGGUACUAGGGACAUCUUCAACACAAAAUGCUAAAUUGGUAGGUUAACAAUAAAUCACACAAGCUUUUUCCAGCUUGGGGUGUUGAAGUUAUAUCAGUGAUAUUUAGACUAGUGUGUGGGUGUGUGUGUGAAUUUUGGCUGCCAAUGUGUACUGUUCAUUUGUUUUUGAUGGGGAUUGUCCAGGGGAUUCUUUGCUUAUGUGGUUUAAUCACAUUGUUUGUACAGCAUGUGUUGCAAGUAACAUAAGGUAAGUUUAUUUUUUGAUACUGGGAUUUGUUUGUUCUACAAAAUCAUCAGUUGUCCUUGUGAGACUAGGUUGGAAUUUGUUUCUGUUAAUCCAAAUAAAUGUUUCAAACGAGUUAUUCUGUUCUUGAGCUGCUCAGGGAGGCAACAGAUCACCCCCAUGU